AUGGUUUUCAUGGGAUCCAAAAAAUAUCCUGAAAAUUUUAAUGAAUUUAUCAGUUUCUAUGGUGGCACUACUAAUAGUGCAACAGAUUGCGAGUAUACAAGAUUUUAUUUUGAUAUCUCAGUGAAACGGUUGGAACCAGCUCUUGAUCAUUUUGUUCAAUUUUUCAUUGAUCAUCGACCCUUGAUAAAGAAAGAUGCCAUCACGCGGGAGCGAGAAGUCAUAGAAAACGAGUUUCAGUCCAGUUACUUGUCUUGUGACAAAAAUAGGAAAGAACUAGUACUGGCCCAUAUUGCUCGAAUUCGUCCUCCGCCCAAUAGGAUUCAUUGGAAAGAGUUAACAUCACACACUAAUAUAGAUGAUGACAAGCUGUACGAAGAGCUGCACAAAUUUAGAGAGCGCCAUUAUAGCGCUCACAGAAUGAUGCUAGCUAUACAGGCGAGAUUACCGCUAGAUACAUUGGAAAAAUAUGUCACAGACUCCUUUGCUGGAAUACUACGUAAUUGGCUGCCUUUCGAUUCCUUUACGACAUUUGAAAACGACAAAUUUUUUGAUACUCUCGUUUUCAAAAACAUGUACAAAGUUAGAUCCAUCAAAGACAUCAGCCAACUACAUGUAAUAUGGAUUUGGCCUUCAAUACUUAAUAAAUACAGAAGUAAACCAUUUAAAUAUAUUUCAUCGAUUAUUGAGAAUAAAGGAAGUGGAUCUUUAACUAGUUAUCUGCGUAAAAAAAUGUGGGCCCUUGAUUUAUUCUGUGGUAACUGCGAUAACGAUAAUGGUUUCGGAUACAACUCUAAGUAUGUUUUAUUCGAGAUUAUAGUAGAACUCUCCCGUGAGGGACAACAGCAUCUGAAUGACGUUCUAGAUGCAAUAUUUUCCUUUAUUAAAUUAGUAAAAAAGACUGGUCCACAAGAAUGGAUUUACAAUGAGUUUUAUAAAAUUGGAGAAAAUAAUUUUAGAUUUUUUAGUAAGCACGAUGACGUGUUUGAUUUAUGUAAGAGUAUGCAUUUCUAUCCGUCGCGUGAUUAUUUAACUGGAAAGCAUAAUUAUUUCGAGUAUAAUCCAGAAGCUAUACAAGAAUAUUUGAAUUUUUUGACGCCAGAAACGGUGAAUAUCAUGAAUUUCGGCAAUGAUUUAGCUUUAGAUACGACAUGUUUCAAAACUUAUUGCUCAAUUACCGCAUUACCAAAGGAACUGAUCGAAUACUGGAAAUCCAUUGAGCCAUUACCUGAAUUUAAUUUAUCGUUAUCCAAUGCAUUUCUUAUCGACAAUAUCUCUUUAAUACCAGUAUCAACAGAAACUUCUAAAUAUCCUGUAAAAGUACACGAUAAUCAUAUUUUGCAGAUUUGGUAUCGUCCGAAGUUUUAUUGGCCGACAUGUCAUAUAAACCUUCAUAUAGUUUGUUCUCUGAGCAUUAGAACACCAAGAGGUACUGCUCUCUUGGAUAUGUACUGCAAUGUAUUAAAAUAUCUAUUGAUCGAAGAAUUACAUCCGGCUAUAACAGCUGGGUUUGAUUAUGUUAUCGAUGUCAGUGAAGAUGCUAUAGGUAUUACAAUACAAAUGAGCGGGUUUAGUGAAAAACUGCCAACCUUGUUGAUGAUUAUUACAAAACAUAUAGUACAUCUAGCCUCUGUUUCGAAAAACUUGUUUGAAGUUAUUAAAACGCAACAAUUGAAGGCAUAUUACAACAAAUUUAUGGAAACUGAGGAAUUCAUCAAGAAUGUGAAAUUAUGGAUAUUAAAGAGCCCCUACCAUACGUACCUUCACAAGUACGAAUCUCUAUAUAAAUGUAUUUUUCUUGAAGACUUCCAAUACUUUGCAAAGUCUUUCAACAAUUUUUUCUACAUCCAAUGUCUCGUGCAAGGCAACAUAACGAAAGAUUGUACGAUCGAUAUUAUGCAAUUCUUUAUCGCACAAAUUAAUUGUCAACACUUCAAUAGUAUUACGAAUCAAUUUGUUAGAGUCGCUAUGAUACCCCAACGCAAAUCUAAUUAUUGCAAAUUGAAAAAUAUUAAUCACACAUAUGUCAACUCUGUAAUAACAAAUUAUUAUCAAAUCGGUAUUGCUACAAUUGAAUCAUCGGUGUUAAUCGAGUUGAUACUAAUGAUAAUGAAAGAACCGUUAAUGCAUCUGCUACGAACUGAAGGGCUUGAUUAUAUUUCGUGGGACUAUAGAGAUAUCAACAAAAUAUCAGGAUAUUCUAUUACUGUUUAUUCUCAGGCAAAUAAAUACACAUUCGAACACAUUAACCAUCUGAUCGAGGGCUUUCUGAUUUCGUUUAAAAUGAUAUUAAUGCAGUUCUCAGAAAGCAAAUUAUAUCAUUUCAAAGAAAAGCUGAGAAUUUUAAAACAACGUUACGAUGCAGAGAUUUUAAAAAACGAAGUUAACAGAAACUGGAGUGAGAUUACGAAGCAGCAAUACAUAUUUAACAGAUAUGAAAAGGAAGCGCUUACAAUAGAGAACAUAAAUAUGUAUAAGCUGAUAACAUUUUUUGAAAAGUACAUGUACAGAAGACGUAAUCACAAAAAAUUGAGUGUAUGUAUGGAAGGAACUCCGAAGGAAAUUGUAUUAAGUAAGUAG